AGAAAAACUUAUUUUAGACUUCGAAAAGCACCACCGCAUGAGAAAGAAGAAAAGGAACCUGAGGAAAUGUCUGAGGCUGCUAAAGCGAUGCUUGCUGCAAAAAAGCGACAUGAAGAAGAGGAGGCUGCAAAAAUGCAAGAUUAUGAGGAGAAACGACGUGUAGAGCGAGAAAAAAUUGAAGAAGAACUAAGAAAUUUACGAGAAAAGCAAGAACGUCGACGUCAAGAAAGAGCUGAAGAAGAACGUGAAUUCGCCGAAAAAAUCAGAAUGGCUGAGGAGCGUCGGCGUCAGGAAGAAGAAGACAGUAAAGCACGAAUAGCGGCACAGAAAGUUAAGCGAGAUGAGGAGCGUAAGAAAAGGCAACAAACGAUUGCUGGUUCUUUAGCAGGUGCAACCGCAUCCGGUGAAAUUCGACCGAAUUAUAUUGUUACUAAGAAACAAAAUAUUGAUAAAUUUGGUCCUAUUUCACAGAAAACUGAACAAACUAAAGAACAGAAGGAAGAAGCUAAGCGGGCAUUUAUGGCGAUCAUUAACCGAUUCCCUGACAUAACAAAUAUGUUAGCCAACGACCUCAAAAAUAAUAUAAAACAACUGUAUCAACGUAUUUGCAAACUUGAAGCUGAAAAAUACGAUUUGGAAAAAAGACAUGAACGGCAAGAAUACGACCUAAAGGAACUUCACGAGCGGGAGAAACAAAUGGCACGUAACAAAGCGCUCCAAAAAGGCCUCGACCCUGAGGAAGCUGCAGCCUCAAUUCACCCCCCAAAAGUUAACGUCGCUUCUAAAUUUGAUCGCCAAAUUGACCGCCGCUCAUACGGUGAUCGACGAACACUUUUCGAAAAUCCCAUUAUUAAAAAGCCACCGAAAAUCGUUCAUGGAACUGCUCGGCCACCACCGGAAUGGGGUCGCACUAGCAAUGAAGAACUCGAGCAAUUGCGAAAAGUUUUGGAGCCACCGAAAUACGUAGAACAAGUGAAAGUCGAAGGAGCGAAACCUCCUGUUGAACCUAUACCUUUAUCUAUUCCCGAAGUAAAUGAGAUCGACGUACAUACAUAA